GCCAGAGCCUGAGCCUCCACUGUCUUCUCUAAAGUGUCGUCUUCUCUCUGUGUCCCUUUCUCUCUCUCGACCCCCUUUCCUUGGAGUUUUGUUUCCCUUCUCGCCCACUUUCCCUUUGCAGCCCCCCUCCGGUGCAACAUCGCGAAUCGACAAACUCCCCUAUUUCCGCGACGAACUCCAUCUACUGCCACGCUGUUACUCGCGUGCGCGUCAAAAAAACCACGGGCCUACAUUCCGUCAAUAUUCGCCGCUGCCCCCCCCGAGACGCAUUAUCAAGUCGCACCUGCAGCGGGACUUGCCGGCCAGUUUCGAGUUCGAGUCGCCGAGUCCACCGUUCACCGUUCACCGUCCACCGUUCACUGACCUCCGAACCCGACCAUUCCGAACCCGACCAUUGGACCGCCCACCUCCCCCAAGAACUCCACGCAGCAGCUGGGGCAACCGAAUAGCACAUCCAACCAAGACCUCCGGCGCGCAUGGAGUAAUCGCCCGACGCUCGCCUAGCGCAUCCAACAUUGUACAACAUACAAACAUACAACACUCGAACCAUUUUCGCGUUUCCGAGCAUUGAACCGAGACCGCAUCGCACCGCUUCCACGAAACACACCUCGGGCGUGAACCCACCGACGCCCGCCAAUCCGUCGAAUCCGUCUGCCCCGUUCCGCGACGUGGAGGGGGGAGAUUUGUUGGAAAGAGAAAGAGAGGCAAGAUACCGUUAGGAAAGCUACCUGUCGGGUUCGACCAUCACCGCAGAAAUGUCGUCCGCGGCGUCUGGUUUCCUGGGCCGCUCGAGCAGCAACAACUCGAAUAUGCGAGGACUGGUGCAGUUCAUCGCCGACUUGAGAAACGCGAGAGCUAGGGAGUUGGAGGAGAAGAGAAUCAACAAGGAGUUGGCCAACAUCCGGCAAAAGUUCAAGGACGGAAACCUCAGCGGCUAUCACAAGAAGAAAUAUGUGUGCAAGCUCCUAUACAUCUACAUCCUCGGAUGGGACGUCGAUUUCGGCCACCUCGAAGCCGUCAACCUCAUCUCGGCGAAUAAGUAUUCGGAGAAGCAGAUUGGCUACCUCGCCAUGACCCUCUUCCUCCACGAGAAGCACGAGCUGCUGCACCUCGUCGUCAAUAGCAUACGGAAGGACUUGCUGGACCACAACGAGCUGUUCAACUGCCUAGCUCUCCACGCGAUUGCCAAUGUCGGUGGCAGGGAAAUGGGAGAGGCCCUUAGCGGAGAGGUCCACAGGCUUCUUAUCUCGCCGACAUCCAAGGCGUUCGUGAAGAAGAAGGCAUCGCUCACCCUCCUUCGUCUGUACCGCAAGAACCCCGAUAUCGUUCAACCACAAUGGGCCGAGCGCAUCAUCUCGUUGAUGGACGACGUGGAUGUCGGCGUCGCUCUGUCUGUUACAUCCCUCGUCAUGGCCCUUGCUCAGGACAAUCUGAACGCGUACAAGGGGGCGUACGCCAAGGCCACGGCAAGGAUGAAGAGGAUAGUCAUUGAUGGAGAGUACACUCCGGACUACCUUUACUACAAGGUCCCGUGUCCUUGGCUCCAGGUCAAGCUUUUGCGCCUGCUGCAGUACUUCCCUCCUUCGGAUGACACCCAUGUCCGCGAUAUGAUCCGUGAGUCUCUGCAGAAGAUUCUUAAUCUCGCGAUGGAGCAGACCAAGAACGUCCAGCAGAACAACGCACAGAACGCUGUUCUCUUCGAAGCCAUCAAUCUCAUCAUUCACCUCGACAACGAGAAUGCCUUGCUGAAACAAAUCUCAUCUCGGUUGGGCCGUUUCUUGACUUCUAGGGAAACCAAUGUUCGGUACCUGGGAUUGGAGGCUAUGACGCAUCUCGCAGCUCGGAUCGACACUCUGGAGCCGAUCAAGCAGCACCAGGAUGUUAUUCUGGGAUCUCUCAAGGACAGAGAUAUUAGCGUGCGGAGAAAGGGUCUUGACCUUCUUUACAGCAUGUGCGACUCAUCAAAUGCCCAGGUCAUCGUGGGCGAGCUACUUCACUACCUCCAGAAUGCCGACUUUGCCAUCCGAGAGGAGAUGGUGCUCAAGAUUGCCAUUCUGACCGAAAGGUAUGCUACUGAUGUGCAGUGGUACGUGGACAUCUCGUUGCGUCUCAUCGCAAUGGCCGGUGACCACGUUAGCGAUGAGGUCUGGCAGCGUGUCAUCCAGAUCGUGACAAACAACGAGGAACUGCAGGUCUACGCCGCGCAGCACUCAUUACAGUACGUCAAGUCGGACCACUGCCACGAGACGCUGGUCAAGAUCGGAGCGUACAUUCUGGGCGAGUUCGGUCACCUCAUUGCCGACCAGCCCAAGUGCAGUCCCAUCGAGCAGUUCCUGGCCCUCCAGAGCAAGGUUGCCGCUUGUUCAUCAAGUACAAGGGCCAUGAUCCUUUCUUGCUACGUCAAAUUCGUCAACCUUUUCCCCGAAAUCAAGCCCCAGCUCCUGAAGGCCUUCCAGGUCUUUAGCCACACGCUCGAUUCGGAGCUUCAGCAGAGGGCAUGCGAGUACUUGACGUUAGCAACUAUGCCGACAGAUGACCUCCUGCGAACCGUAUGCGAUGAGAUGCCUCCGUUCUCGGAACGCCAGUCUGCGCUGCUUGCCAGAGUGCACCAGAAGCAUGCCAACACUAGCGAUAAGAGAACAUGGAUUGUCGGUGGCAAGGAUGCCAACGCUGAUGUGGCUGAGCUGAAGAUAGCCAAAGAGGGCGGUCUCAGGCGAACAUUCAGCACAAAUGGCAACCCCCCCGUUGCCAAUGGAGGCUCGAACGGCACGAAUGGCCACGGCAACGGCGUCAACGAUUUGGCUGGUCUGGACAUGAACAACAUUGGACCCGCCGAACCCAAGACGAAGGCGCCGAAUCUCGCCAGUGCCGCUCACUUGUCCCCUAACUGGGAGGCUGGAUACAACAAGUUGCUACUCAAGGCUGAAGGCGUGUUGUACGAGGACGGGCAGAUCCAGGUUGGUGUACGAUCAGAGUACAGAGGCCAAAUGGCAUGCUUGAUUCUCUACUUCAAGAACAAGACGCCGACAGCACUAGGCUCGUUUACCACGACGCUGGAUCUGGACGAAAACGAAAAGGGCAAGCUCACGUGGGACGUGAAGAACCUGCCAGACAGCACAAUUUACCAGGCUGGGCAGUCCCAGCAGGUUGUCAUGUUUGAGUGCAAGAGGGUGUUUGACAAGAGCCCGACAAUACGCAUCAGCUAUCUUGCUGGCGCCCUCCAGGCUGUCACCCUCAAGCUACCCAUCACCGCCCACAAGUUCAUGGACCCUGCAGACCUCUCUGCGGAGGACUUCUUCAGGCGAUGGAAGCAAAUCGGCGGUGCCCCUCGCGAGGCUCAGCAUAUUUUUGGGCUGUCCCCUGGCAAGUCGGAUAGGGAGAUGAACGAGUUCUUUGUCCGGCAGACGGUCGAGGGUUUCAGAUGGCGUGUCCUUGAUGGCGUGGACCCGAACGCAAAGAACUUUGUUGGAGCAAGCGUCCUCCACACCUCUGAGGCUGGCAAGUUUGGUUGUUUGAUGCGUCUGGAGCCAAACUACGGGACAAAGAUGAUCCGCCUCACCAUCCGUGCCACAGACGAGAGCGUCCCUGCCGUCCUCCUGAAGAUCAUGCAGGAGCGCCUUGCAGCAGGCUACACACCUGAAAAGUUCCAAGCCCCAACCCCAACCGACAUAUCGGACGCGUUUAGCAAUAUUCUGGUUACGUAGCGCAGCAACGCUAUCUUGUUCUAAUACACACACGCACACACACCUACCUAAGGUACUUUCGAAAUGAAAUACCCAACAUCUGGUUCUGUUUUCUUGUUGUUGAUACUUGUGUUUUAUUUUUUGAUGCAUGGCAAGCUGCUGGCGUGGGCGUCUGGUGGCAUUGUGGUGGCAGUCAUUCCCUCUAGCUCAAUAGGACAGGGACAGUGAACAUCGUCUAGUGGGGGUUGUAAUGAAAUGCCUUAUGAUGGGAGGGAGUAUGAACCUGGUUGUGCUGUGCUCUGAGCGGUGACAUGCUGCUUCUGCUUAGGUUUGUCUGCCUUGGUCUCUAUCCAGCGUGAUGUUUGGCUGCCUACUGUUCUUUCUCCCUUUGUUCAGAGACACCUUGGAGCAACUAUAGGUCCUAUUGCCCUCUUGUCAGCAGACUACUCACCAGUGAGCGCGCCUGUUAUGUCUUUGACGACUUCAGAGUAGAGGAAGUUUUGACUUUCACUUAGAGGACCCAGACAAUGCAGUUUACACGUCAC